UCGGUGCAGAUCACCACAACACAGACAAGACUGGAAAAGACACAACAGCGGCUGGAUGGAGAAAUGUGAGCCCGCAUACGCCGCUCCACGCGUUUAGAAGAGGAUUUUAAAAGAAGUGGGAUUAUUUAGGACUUCAAAACGGGAUGUUAUACUGCAAAAGUGAAGCAAGGACGCGCACGGACUGUUCGCGACUUCGGGGGUUGAGCGGUAGAUCCUGAUCCGUUUUACCUACGACGCACAGCAGUGCCAAACUCCUGUGAGCAUCAUGUCUUUGUGGAUGAUCCUUCCUCUCAGUCUUCCUGUCUUCAUGAUCACAGGGAUUUGGGUCGUAUAUGCUAUGGCCCUCUACAACCAGCAUGUCUGUCCUGUCAAUAACUGGCUUUAUAAUGAGUCGUGUGAGGAGGAGCUUCACCUGCAGAGAGGACCUGUCCUGUGUUGUACACUGGAGAACAUACCUCUAAUAAGUAAAAGUGGAACAAUGCCACCGGAAAGUUGCUUCUUCAGCCUCAUAUGCAGCACUGGCUCUUUUAUGGUGUUGUUGAUCGGCUUGCUACGUUAUGCUCAUGUCAUCGAAAAGCACCAAAACUGCAUCCUGAACACGGCAGGACUCUCCACUGGUUGGAUCUGUGCCGCAGGUCUCAUCAUGGUGGGAAACUUCCAGGUGGACUAUGCCAAAGUCUUGCACUACGUGGGUGCUGGUGUGACGUUCCCCUGCAGUAUGUUGUUUGUCUGCCUGCAGUCAGCCCUGACUUACAGACUGGCCAAAACACAAGGCGAGUACAGGACGGGACAUUUACGAGUCACAAUGACGCUGCUGGCCCUGGUCGCUCUGGUGCUUAGUGGGGUCUUCUUUUGCCAGGAAAGCUUCAUCCUUCAGCACGCGUCAGCCAUAUUUGAGUGGAUCUACUGUAUGCUCAUCAUGCUGUUCUACGGGACUUUUGCUUUUGAGUUUUCGGACAUUUCAGGGGACACACUCAUGGUCUUAUCUAAAGGAGCCAAAGAGCAAAGCUAUCCCAUAUCGGACCACAAGGCAGAGAUGGGAGGAGCUAACCAUCACCAACCUGAGACCUUAGCCAUGCUUUAAGAAACUAAAUAUGGCUAUAUCUACUCUCAAGGGCUAUGAGGACAAUGUGAAAGCCCAAUAAAAAGAGCUUGGAAAAUGCGUAAUGUAUUUGACCAAGUGCACUACAGCACACAACGCCAAAGCCAUCAAUGAACAAUUUUUUUGGCUGGUAAAUUGCAGGCCUAAGUGGAGUUGCAUUUCAUGAGGGUAUACUAACAAAGAGCAAUACCACGCGAUUAUGGCACCAGUUUGUGGAUGUGAAUUGUUAGGCAUUGAGAGAGCGUUUGAUUCUUUAAGUUGAUGGAUAAAUCUGGUUCAGAGCAUUUCUAAAACUGCAGUGAACCAGCAUGAGGUGAGGCACGUGAACCACUAUGUCUCAUGGCUCAUGCAAUCCAACAAGAAUCAAAAAAGGUUUGUUGCGAUUGUUGGUGAACAAACUUCUGGUUUUGAAGGGUGCUACAAACAACAUGCAGUUAUAAGUGUAUGGGGCUGUAUGAAAGGCAGCUUGGUGUAACAUCUUGAUGACUGCAAAUACUGAGGAGUUUGUCACAAUCUUAUGGCUUGUUUUUACUGUAAUUAUGUAAUAUUAACUGUUUAUAAAGCCAAAGCUGCCUGUUCAUGUUACUCAAAGUGCCUCAGAUGUGGCCCGUACGUGCCUUCAGCAUGUGUCGAUGGUCAGUGGACAAACCUUGUAUUGUUUUGAUCUCAGGAAGUUUGUGAGUUCAAGUGCUUUUACCUCAAAAGUUAAGGCCAAAUAUUAUUUACAAAAGGGACCACAAAAGUACUGUGGUUGUUGUAUUUUAGUCCCUAUGAUGUAGUUCUGAUACCGCUUUGUUUUGGAGAUAGUAAUGGCAAUUGUUCUGCCUCUCUUCAGAGUAGUGUUCCUCCAACACACGCUGCCUAAUGUAAAUGCAUUGAAGUCUAGUUAUUGCUGAAACAAGAGGUGACCAAAAAGAGCAUUUAUUUUAAAUAUCUCUGAAUGAUUUGUAUAGCAUUUUGGCUCUAAACACAGUUAUUUUAUGUUUAAGAUGUAUUUUUAUAUGUUUCAAUAUGCGCCAACUACAUCUGACAUGUAUGAUAUGCUUUAAUGGGAACAGAUUUUGUAUA